CUUGCUGACCCUGCAGAACCAUUUUAACUUUCCAAAAGUAGCUUCAAUGUAAGGUUUUAGUUGAUUUACCUAGUCUAUUAGAGACUGGUUCAGAAAGGAGAAAUGAAAGACUACCAACGGUAAAACAUUUACAGGCUCCGACACAGCAGGGGUCCUAGCUUUGUACUACUUUAUACAUCUAAAGUGGAUCACAAAUUGGAAUAUAUGUGUCCUGCUUCAGUUGUGCAUCUUUUAUUUAUUUUUUACUGUGGGGUACCCUUUAAGGAGAAUACAUCAUGGCCGAAUGACUCCUCAGCAACACGUAGCUAAGUUUGCAGCUGUUUUUUUCUGAAUACAGUAGAGAAUAAAAAUAUAAAGCUGCAGUGUUCCACGACAACCCAUUGAAGUUCUGAAAACCUACCCUGACCUGUGGAUGAAAAAUGGUUAAAAACAUUUAUUACAAAGUUUUACUUGUUGUCUGUGUUCUAGCUUUUUUCCAGUAUGUAUUCAAAUACAGCAGAAUACAUGAAACAAAAAGAUAUCCAGAAUCACAGAUGGAGAGUAGAUUGAUUCCUGGGAGUAAAAAACAAGUUCAGAAAAUUGCAUUCAUUCCUUUGAAUAAAAAAACAGUUCAGAACGUUAAAUUGACACCUGUGAAGCAAAAAGUAACCAGGAAUCACAUUGUCCAAAAUGCUAUGACAGUAUGGAAGGAAAACACCUCUACUGAUGAUCUUAUCUCUUGGCUAAAGGAUCUCAAGAACAAGUACCAGGCACAGAACAAAUACAAUGUGACACUGAUCUGGAAAAAUAUGUCUGCAAAGCUGAGCCAGCAGGAGCUCCUGUGCGAGCUCAAAACUCGUGUACCUCUUACGAUGAUCAAAGCUGGUGAUGGCCCCUUCAAAGGAGAGGAUUGGCAGAAAUACUUACCCACAGAGGACUUGAAUAAGAAGUUUGAAAACCUCAAGCGGUGUGCUGUAGUAUCUUCAGCAGGUUCUUUAAAAAAUGCAACACUGGGAGCUGAAAUAGAUGACCACGAUGCUGUCAUGAGAUUCAAUGCCGCUCCGACUGAUGGCUACAGCAUUGAUGUGGGGAAAAAAACUUCUAUUCGAAUAAUAAAUUCACAGCUUGUGCAUGAUGAAAAGCACAAUUUUCUAACCGAUCCUCUUUAUCAGACCGGAGUGUUAAUCGUGUGGGAUCCUGCACCAUAUAAACAAGAUCUUCAACAUUGGUACAGCAACCCAGACUAUUCCUUCUUUGAGAGGUAUAUGGAAUACCGUAAGAAACAUCCUGAGCAGCUCUUUUAUAUCACAAACCCGGUUAUGCAGUGGAACCUGUGGGACAUUAUCCAGGAGAAUUCAGUGGAGAAGGUCCAACGCAACCCCCCUUCCUCCGGGAUGCAAGGCAUCGCAUUAAUGAUGAGCCUCUGUGGCGAGGUGAAUGUGUAUGAAUUCCUGCCUUCGAAGAGACAGUCUGACAUUUGUUAUUAUUACCAGCAGUUCAAUGACCGAGCCUGCACAAUGGGUGCCUACCAUCCUUUAAUGUAUGAGAAGAACCUGGUUAAGAGGAUGAACCAGGGAACAGAUCAUGACAUCUUCCACUAUGGGAGAGUGACCUUACCAGGAUUCAGGAAUAUUCACUGUUUAGCAAAGGCAAGGCAGACUUAAACUGGUACAGCAGGGCUUAAAAAUAAUAAUACACUGGGAUGUGAAAUCUACUGAACGCCUCCAUGCUAAAUGUGUUGGGGAUCGUGACAUUGACCUAAUAUUGCCGCAAUACCAAAAAUGUGUGAUUCAGACUCUUGCGCUACAUUUUAAUAUUCAUAGUUUGAUACUUUAUGGUGUAACAAAAGUUAAUCUUUGUAAAAAAGCGUUUAAAAUGGAACCAUCUGCAGUAGUGUUACUGCCUCUUGCCUCUGUAGUGCUGUACAGUACCCUUUUAUUGACUUUCACUGGGAACUAAAUUCUAAUGGGUUUUGAAACUUAACUACCCAGUUACAAGUACUGCAAUGGGAUUAUUGAUUUAUUUAUAUUAUAUGUACUAUAUCGCUUUAUUAAGACUGUUAUGUUAUUGCGAUUGUUUACAAUUUUUUUUACAGUGUGUAUGUUCUAAACUUGAUGUUGAAUAUAACUACUGAAGCAUU